CCGGCUUUUACAUCAAACUCAGAAACAAACUGAACAGGAAGUUUUCAACUGCUGUAGUUCAGUCUGAUGCUCAGUCAACAGCAAGACACCAUGGAGGCUACAGCUCUCUGCUUCAGACUGAUGGUGCUUGAACUCAUUCUGGUGGAGACACAAGCUCAGAAUCACACUCAAAGUGUUUCAGAUGCAGUUUUUCUUCGUAUCACUCCAGACAGACUGCAGCACUUUGAAUAUGAGUCUGUCUCUUUUCAUUGUGAGGGGACUGAUGGUUCCACUCAACUGAAAGGGAUCAGGAACACUGAGGAAUUUAAGCCAGUAUGUGACAUUAAGAGGACGCCAACGGGGUCCUCCUGCACUAUUGAUAAGAGCUAUUCAGGAGACAGUGGAGAAUACUGGUGUGAGACUGAUGGAGGAGAGAGAAGCUACAGUGCCAACAUCACUGUCGCUGCUGGUCCUGUGAUCCUGGAGACUCCUGCUCUUCCUGUUUUGGUGGGACAAAAUGUGGUUCUGCGCUGCAGACACAAGACAACUUCCACCAACACCAAAGCUCAUUUCUACAAAGAUGACGUCCUCAUGAGAGCAGUCCUGCUGAUGAGAUGCCAAUUAACAAUGUUUCCAAGUCUGAUGAAGGCGUCUACAAGUGCAGCAUCCCUGGUGUUGGAGCGUCACCAGGAAGCUGGCUGGCUGUGA